AUGCCAUACCCCAAUGGCAUCACUCUUCUCAACGCGUCUAUGCUUGCAGUGGCAUCAACCAGUUCCUGUGAAUUCAGAUUGUAUAAGAUCGGGUAUGACAAAGAAUUGGAGUUGAGCUCGACGGUCAGAGUGCCGUUUAUGCCCGACAACCUAUCAAUCGACCAGAAGGGAAAACUGCUAAUCAGCGGUCAUCCCCAUCCGCCGAGUUUGGAGAAGAUGGUAAAGCAACGAGCAAAGUGCUUGGAAAGUAUUUCUGCUGAUCGAAGCAAGUGUCAUAUUAUGGGUGUUCCGAGCUGGGUGAUUGAAUGGACAGAAGAACAAGAACCGCGGGCGAAUUUGGAUCUAGUGCUACAACUGUAA